AUGUUCCACUAUCUCAUUUCAAAAGGUAACGGCUGUAUUUUAAGAUUUUUUUUUUGUUGUCACCAUUAUAUAUUUGUAAUCUGUUUGGAACAGAUGAAAAGCUGCUACAGAUGCUUAUAUACAUGUAAAGUUAUUUCAUUAAAGAGAAUAAAAAUUCUUUUCAUCAUAUCAGCGGAUCUUUUUAAAUCUUUGUUGAAUGAAGCAUACUUCCAUCAACAGAUAGAUGACAUAAAUGACAAGUCAAAGGAAGGCGUUCCUUUUUUGUAUAAAUAUUUCAUAAUCAUGAGAAGAGAGAAAUGA